ACCUCUGUAAAUUCUUUCCCAUAACCAUUCAAUAUCUUCCUUCAUAACUACAUAUAUAUAUGUGAACAUCAGACUGGAACUUGCAUAAUCAAAUCAAGACAAUAUCGAUCCAGCUUACAAACAAUGGAUGAUACUAGCAGCAAAGCGUCAAAUAAAUUGAAAAUAGAAGAAGAAGAUAGUGAUAUCAAAGUCCAAAUAUGGAAAUACAUAUUUGGUUUCGUUGAAAUGGCAGUGAUAAAAUGUGCCAUUGAACUCAAAAUAGGAGACGUCAUUGAAAGCCAUGGAGAUUCCAUGACACUCUCCCAACUCUCUUCUUCUUUAAACUGUUCUCCUUUGCUUCUACAUCGCAUAUUACGGUUUCUUGUACAUAGAGGCAUUUUCAAAGAAGAAAAAACCACAAAAUGCUACUCCCAUACGCCCAUGUCUCGACUGCUCACAACUACUGGACCAAAUAGUAUGGCUCCCUUGCAUCUCUUGGAAAGCAGCCCUGUGAUGAUUGCACCAUGGCACAACUUGAGUGCAUGUGUUAAAGCCAGUGAUCAUGAGAAUGGAAGUCAGCCUUUUGAGAUGGCUCAUGGGAUGGACUUGUGGACUUAUGCUGCAGCCAAUCCAUCACACAGUAGCCUGAUCAAUGAGAGCAUGGCUUGCUUUGCUAGGCUGGUUAUUUUGCCUGCAGUUCUCGAAAGGUGUGGGGAGAUUUUUGAUGGAGUUGGAUGUUUGGUGGAUGUUGGAGGAGGGAAUGGGACUUGUUUGAGUAUUUUAGUGAAGGCUUGUCCUUGGAUUAAAGGUAUUAAUUUCGAUCUUCCUCAUGUUGUGUCUGUUUCAAAGGAGUAUGAAGGUAUUCAACAUGUUGGUGGCAAUAUGUUUGAUUCUGUUCCAAAGGCUGAUGCUGCUUUCAUUAUGGAGGUUCUACAUGAUUGGGAUGAUGAGGAAUGCAUCAAAAUUUUGAAAAAUUGCAAAGAAGCCAUUCCGGAAAAGACAGGAAAAGUGAUAAUUGUUGAGGUAGUGAUCGAUGAAAAAGAAGAAAUUAGCAAAUAUUCGGAUGCAAGGUUAAUGAUGGAUAUGAUAAUGAUGGCCCAUACCAUUAAGGGGAAAGAAAGAACAAAUGAGGAAUGGGCCAAUGUUCUUCAGAAAGCUGGUUUUAGUUAUUAUACAAUCACUCCUACCUCAACUAUCCAAUCUGUUAUUCAAGCUUUUCCUUGAUUUUUAAUUUACCAAAGAAAAUUUCCAUGUUGUAUGAGUAAUUAUUGCUUCCUAUAUUUAUGAUCAUGUUAUAUUUCAUUGCUGCAUGUAUUUGUCAUUUUGUUGUAAAAGUUUGUAAUGAAUAUUGAUUCAUAACAAGUGCAAUUCUAUUACAAUUCUAUUCUAUUGCAA